AUUUCCCUCCAUCUUCACAUGCACCAUGCCUCCACUCCCACUUCUGCACAACUUCUACCGCUCUCCAUUUCGCGCCACACCUUUCGGAAUCUCCACCGCCGCCGCCGCCGGCGGCGGCGGCGCAAUCACCACCGCCGCGACUGCUAAAUUUAUUCAAUUUCAGCUCAGGAUAACUCCUCUUAAUCUCCGCGGCAAAGCUUUAGUAGCAGCGGCUGCUUCCGGAGAUAGCAGCGUGAACGGCGACCAUCCGUCUAUAGUUCUGGACAGCCUCAGACUUCUGCAGUGGGAUCAGCUCUGCGAUUGCGUGGCUUCCUUCGCCGGGACGACGCUCGGCAAACAAGCCACCAAGGAGCAAUUAUGGAAUUUGAAUAAAUCUUAUGAACGUAGCAUAAGGCUACUAGAUGAGACCAAAGCAGCUGUGGAGAUGCACAAAUAUGGAGCUAUGACAGAUUUUAAUGGCAUUGAUGUUGCUUUGGUUGAAACUGGCAUAAAAUGUGUUCGUAGAGGUCUUCCUGUGAGUGGGAGUGAAGCAAUAGCUCUUGUAGUUCUUCUACGACUUGCAGAAACACUGCAAUUUAAUGUCAUAGCUGCAAUAAAGGAAGAUUCAGAUUGGUUUAUGAGGUUUAUGCCUCUAUCAGAAUUGAUUGUGGAACUAGUUAUAAGUCAGUCUUUGAUUAAGUUUAUAGAGCAACUUGUAGAUGAAGAUGGCUCAGUAAAAGAUUCUGCGAGUUCAAACUUGCGGCAUUCACGUGAUCGAGUACGUCUUCUUGAGAGAAAGUUAUACUUGUUGAUGGAAAGCGUGAUCAGAAAUGAAGCAAAAGAAACGUCCACUCUGGAAAUAUGUAAUAUUGAUGGAAGAUGGUGCAUAAGCUCGGUUGCUGCAAGGAGUCCAAGUAUUGAGGGAUUAUUGCUGGCAAGUGGUGCAGGUGCAGUAAACCUCGUGGAGCCACUCUCUGCUGUUCCUCUAAAUGAUGAGCUGCAGCAAGCAAGAGAAUCUGUUGCAAAGGCAGAGCAGGAGGUUCUCCUAAAGAUAACAAAGAAGAUGCAAAUAGAUUUGAAUGACAUUGAAAAUAUAUUCAACUGCAUGAUUCAGAUAGACACGAUUAAUGCUAGAGCACGGUACAGCCUUUCCUUUGAAGGUGCAUGUCCUGAUUUGUAUUUGCCAAAAGAUAAUGAUAGCGCUAUUCAUGCUGAAACCCCAGCAGGGGAGGAAAUUUUAUCACAGCGCACUAAGGGGACAUGGAUUUUAUAUCUGCCUAAAGCUCACCAUCCGUUAUUGCUUCAAAAGCAUCGUCACAGCUUAAAGAUGGCCAUGAAGGAUCUCAGUAAUGCAAAUGCUGAAAUCAGGAGAAGGAAACAGCUAGGAGGAUCGGUGAAGUUGAAAGAAGAUUUGAAUGUAUCAGCUUUGGAAAUGCAGGUUGCUAAGUUGAAACAAGCUCGUCCGGUCCCCUUCGAUAUAUUGAUAUCCCAGAAUACUAGAGUUCUGGUUAUAACUGGCCCCAACACUGGAGGCAAAACCAUUUGCCUGAAAACUGUUGGAUUGGCUGCUAUGAUGGCAAAAUCAGGUCUAUAUGUUUUGGCUUCAGAAGCCGCAAAAAUCCCCUGGUUUGAUUAUGUACUUGCUGAUAUUGGCGACGAACAAUCUCUUUCUCAAUCUUUAUCUACCUUCUCUGGCCAUCUAAAACAAAUUAGUGAAAUCAAGGGCCUAUCUACCAGUCUGUCAUUGGUGCUCUUGGAUGAAGUAGGUGCAGGGACAAAUCCUCUCGAGGGAGCUGCACUGGGGAUGUCACUGCUGGAAUCUUUUGCUGAUUCUGGGGCCUUGUUGACAAUUGCAUCUACACAUCAUGGAGAACUCAAAAGUCUUAAAUACAGCAAUAAUGCUUUUGAAAAUGCCUGUAUGGAGUUUGAUGAAGUGGAGUUGAAACCCACAUACAGGAUCCUCUGGGGGGUUCCAGGACGGUCAAAUGCAAUCAAUAUUGCUGAGAGGCUCGGCCUGCCUGUUGAAAUUUUGAGUAACGCGCGCAAACUAUAUGGAGCAGCUAGUGCAGAAAUAAAUGAGGUAAUAAUGGAUAUGGAAAGAUUCAAGCAGGAUUAUCAUGAAAAAGUUCAUGAAUCGCAGCAUUAUCUGAGGAUCUCAAAGAAACUUCACCAGAGUCUAUUGAUGACCAGCAACAGAGUCACAGAACACGGGAUGAUGGAAAAACAUAGAAUGGUGCAAGAAAUAUCCAAGAUGGCAGCUUCAGCACGUUCUGCCAUUCAUAAGAAACUGCGUGAAUCUCGCUCACGUCCUACUCCGCUGCCUAAACAAACUAAAACAGAGAUGGAUAAGCGUACUUUAAAAAUUGUUAAUCAACAUGUUGCUGCUACAGGAGAAAAUAGAACUUCUGUGGCUACUCAGUCUUCAGACCUUGUAGAUAGUACAAAGCAGUCAACUACAGAGAAGAAGCUCAAACUUCCAAAGGCUGGUGACAUGGUGAAUGUUCCUUCUCUCAAUAAAAAAGCCACAGUUUUGGAAGUGGAUCCAUCUAAAGAAGAAGUAGUAGUUCAAGCAGGUUUCUUGAAGGUGAAGUUAAAGCUCGCUGAUAUUGUGCCCUGCUAGGCUUUGUUUCCUUCUCCUUGAGCAGAAGACAACACACUCAAUGACCUACUGUUAAGUUAGAUUUUUUUUUUUCAUUUUCUGUUUACUUAUUGUAGCUAGGUUUACCUGCUGGAGGAGAUGUAGUUGUGCUGGAUAUAUGACACUUUCUUGUGUAAUUUAUUUUAUUAUAAAUAUGAGUAUAUGUCUUGUUGGUAAA